AAUCUUGGCGACUGAUUUGUUAGUAUCGCUCAGACGGAGGUUGUACCGGUCGAUAUUCUAGGCUAUCAAGUUUGAAGAGUGUGGGUUUCCAAAAUUCUGCGCUUUCUAUACUUUUCAAAAUGCUUUUAUGAAUUAACUUCUCACAUUAUAAAGCGAACGGUUCCAGAGUAGCGAGAUUUAUUUUAAUUUGCACCGGCUCGGAUUGAAAUAGCCAUAUAGGCAUUCAGAGUGCUUAUUUGUAAAAGCAUAGCCUAUCUGCCAUAUCGUCUCCAUUUGAACUGAGACAUGGGAAUGUUUGGACUUCCACAAUCUCACUGAUGUUCUUGGAUAAGACCUUCUUUACACGGAUAACUUCUCCACAAUUUUGCAUGGUGCUUUACGGGCAAGGAAGAAUGGCGCGAUAAACUGAUUUUCAGAGAAAUCAAUCGAAGUACCUAUUUUGUGUACACUGUUGGCUGAUGAUGUACUCUCCAAUUUGUCUUACUCAGGAUGAAUUUCAUCCCUUCAUCGAGGCACUUCUCCCUCACGUCCGUGCCAUCGCCUACACGUGGUUCAACCUCCAGGCGAGGAAACGCAAGUACUUCAAGAAGCAUGAGAAGCGGAUGUCCAAGGACGAGGAGCGUGUGGUCAAGGACGAACUUCUCAGCGAGAAGCCCGAGAUCAAGCAGAAGUGGGCCUCCAGGCUCCUCGCCAAGCUCCGCAAGGACAUCCGCCAGGAGUACCGCGAGGACUUUGUGCUCAGCGUGACAGGCAAGAAGCACCCGUGCUGUGUCCUCUCCAACCCUGACCAGAAGGGCAAGAUCCGGCGGAUCGACUGUUUGCGGCAGGCCGACAAGGUGUGGCGCUUGGACCUGGUCAUGGUCAUCCUGUUCAAAGGCAUCCCGUUGGAAAGUACAGAUGGAGAGCGCCUCAUCAAGUCGUCGCAUUGCACCAACCCAACACUUUGCGUCCAGCCGCAUCACAUAACAGUGUCGGUCAAGGAACUGGACUUGUUUCUAGCAUACUAUGUCCAGGACCAAGACUCACAGCAGUCAGGAAGUCCCAGUAACAAUGAGCCAGGCAAGAACCCAGUUUACUUGGAAGACAGCUUCAUCAAAUCAGGAGUCUUCAGUGUUUCAGAGCUGGUGCGUGUGUCCAGAACGCCCAUUACCCAGGGGGCAGGGGUGAACUUCUCCAUGGCCGACAUGCCAAGUCAGCCGUACUACCAUGACCUGAACUCCAGCGUGGGCCUCCAUCGCUCCCUCUCCUCCCCGCCUGGCAGUAAACGGCCCAAGACCCUCAACAUAGACGAGAGCAUGGAGACCAGUCCCACUGGCCCUGACUUCUAUUCUUCACCUAGCUCCCCAGCUAGCGGCAGCAGGACCUGGCACGAGAGAGAAGACAUGUCGUCUCCCACCAUGAAGAAGCCAGAGAAGCCCUUGUUCAGCCCCACCUCCCCGCAGGACUCCUCCUCCAGACUGAGCACUUUCCCCCAGCACCACCACCCUGGACUCACAGGGGUCGGACACAGUGUUAUAUCGACAAGGAGCCCUCCACCCCACUCCCCCCUUCAGUUCUCUGCCUCGGCCAUCUUGCCCCCUGCCCCGUCACCCUACUUCUCUCACCCCACCAUCCGCUACCCGCCCCAUCUCAACCCCCCUGACUCCCUGAAGAGCUACGUGCCCAGCUACGACCCGUCCAGCCCACAGAGCAGCCAGCCUAACAGCAGUGGCCAGGUGGGGAAGGUUCCAGGCCACUUCACCCCAGUCCUGGCCCCCUCUCCGCACCAUGGCACAGUGCGACCCGUCUCUCUCUCCAUGCCCGACACCAAGCCCAUCACAUCAGAAGGUGAGUACAACGGAUACUCAGCACCGGGCACCCCCACAGCCAAUCGUUUUGUAGGACUGAGCCCUAGAGAUCCGGCCUUUCUUCACCAGCAACAGCUCAGGAUAUGUGACUGGACCAUGAAUCAAAACGGCAGGCAUUAUGGCCCCAGUGGCACUGAGGAUACUUUGGGGAUUGCUUGGCAAAGUCCUGGUACCUGGGCGAGCUUAGUUCCAUUCCAAGUCACGAACGGGACUCCGAUUCUGCCAACAAAUGUCCACCAGAACUACAGCAUAAACAUCAUUGGUGAACCCCCCCUCCUCCACACAGAGGCAGAGAACUGAAGACCCGUCGGGGGGGGGGGGAGCAAGAAGUGUCGGCAACGGGGGAAAUAAUCAGCAAGCAGCACUUAAAACAAUUGUGUUUGUCCUUUGUCCUUUGUCCCCCCUCCCCUCCACCCUUUCCUCCCCAAACCUCUCCUCCCAUCGGGACAUUGGCCAAGAAGACUUGAGUUGGUUUGGAGCGAAUCUGAUCCGGUCUGCUCUAGCUAACCCUAUGCCAUGCCAGUCAGUCAUUGUGUGAGAAGAGACUUUCCAUUCAAAAUGCUGUGACGUAUUCUGUACAAAAACAUUUAGAUGCCUUAAUAUUUAGCAUGAGAACUCUUAGUCUGAUGGUGGUCUUCUUCUUCUUCAUUCUGUUGUUGGGAGUUUUUAACCUUGGUUUACAAACAGGGGAAGUGAUCUGAAACACACAAAGGCUGGCUGGUAGUACAUUACCCGACUGUAAGUUAUUCAACUCUGACCUUUACCCCUUCUGCAGAAGAGGCUCCCAUGUCAAACUAUUGACUAUGUAACCAUAGGAACAAAUUGUGAAUUCAGUGUUGUUUUUUUUCUUCUUUGAUUUCAGUUUACUGUGAUACAAUUUUUAUUUUGUCUGAAACUCGUUAUCCUGUUGAUUCUGUACUGCUAUCCACUUAAAAGUUAGUUAUACUCCUUAGAGUUGUGAACUCUUACUAUGGUAAAAAAAAAGAAGAGAAAAACACUAUAUUUUUAGGUUAGAGAUUUGACCCGUUUUUUAAGAAUUCGUAUCUCCUUUAGAAAAGGAUAAAAAAAAGACAAAAAAUGAUCUAAAAAUCUCGAAAGAGGCAAGUGCAAUUUAAUUUUUGAAGGGAAGCUAUGUCUGUCAGCCCUAAGACUCUAAAGGAAGGAGGGUAAAUAUGAAACUUUGUUGUUUGAGAUACGUAAACGUAAAAAAGUUUAAAAAAACAAACAUUUGAUUUGAUUUCAGUCGCAUUUCCGUGUAUCUAAAUAUGGAAAGAAAAGAAUACUAAGCCUGAAAUGCAGUGAUGUGUUUGAAGGUGCGCAUUAAGCUACCUGUGCAGAACUGAAUAUGAACAAGCCAGCACUUCUAUUAAGCCCUACUCAGUCUCACGGGGAGCUUUUUAUUUAUUGAAACACACGUAGUGUAUAAAAUGGCAUCUGAAAUCAAUAACAUAUGCAUUUGGCCAUCAGCUUAUGAAGCUUGUGUUUAUAAUAUGACUUGACGAGAAAAAAAGAAUGCAGGCUGUUAAAGUCAUUCACGAAAAUGUAUGUGUAUGUCGAAAAAUCUACACUUUUGUGCAACCCUGAACCUUCAAGGUUGCAGAGGGUUGCACAUUUUGCUUCUUGAACACUCACAUCCCAGAUACAGUGGUGGCAGUCCCUGAAAUCUAGAAUUGUGCACGGCAGGUCUAUUGCCUUGGCCUCUCUCCAAGUCCAGAUAUAUUUCUAUGACAAAUCUCUCCAAUACUCUUCAUUUGCACGAUGACAUACUUGUCCACAUUACGUGCCUUGCCUUUUGAAUAUAGAGACAUCACUACACUUGUUUUUUUGCUGCAUUUAUUACCAUUAUAGAAAAGAAAUUAACAUUUUUAUGAUAAGAUAAUUGUUUUGUACUCUGAAUGAAAAUUGUGACAUUGUUGAUUUGUAACUUUCAUUUACUACUUUAUCUCACAGUUACAUUGCAUAUCAAGGCUGUGUAUCGUCGCCGUUUUAAAGUUUAUAAUCAACCAUCAUUAUUUUUCAGUAUUUUCGGUGGUUUUUUAAUAACCUUUAAUUUUUGUUGUUAUCGUUUUUGUCAUUUCGUUUUUGUUUUUCAUCUUCCAGUUACUAUCGAGGAGGGAGGAAUUCAGAUGUAUGAAAAUUAUGCAAUACCAACUUUUGCCUAUGUAGGUAGUGCUUAUAGAUACGUCAACUAUUAGAGGCUAGUUUGGAGACUAUUGUAAUGCAUUUAUUUUGUUGAUAUCGUUGUUGUUGUUGUUGUUGUUGUUGUUUUCCUUUUUUUAAUUGACCAAAGUGGGGACUGCUUUCUAUGCAGUGUAUGACAAGGUCUUUUUUAGUGUACUGAGAGAUGGAGAGACAUGUUUCAGUGCGUUUUGAAUUCUUGGUGGGGGAGGGAGGGGGUAUUUUUUCUAACCUUACAGUUUGUCUGUUAAGAAUGCACCCGUAUAGUCUCAUCUGGCUGCAAAGUCACUGAUCUGUCUACUGUGACAAAAUGUACUAUUUUCUUUCAACUUCCCAUCUGGGGUGCUAGCAUGUGACAUUGACUAAGCUCAUUUUCACAGGAGAGACGGCUUGACUUGAGUGUGACAAUCAUUUAAAAAAAUAAUUCAGGAGAGGAACACGUUAACCUUAGUCAGACCCGCAAUUUCAAACUGAAAUCAUACUGGGUACUUGUGAAAAGCCAACACUUUGAUCAUACUACUUGUAUGCAGGAAGCUAUAUUAGCAUUAACCCUUAACAAUCAUCUAAGCCAUUCUAUCAGUCGCUGUGUGCAAUUCCCAAGUAGAUGCCUUAAACUAUAUAUAAAGUUACCUGUUACACAUGCGCUACAAUCAACAAACUGACAAAUGCUUGUGAGGUCGGUCAAAUCAGUCUAAAGAAAGUAUUUGGAAGUAGUCAAAUUUAUGCACUAGAUCUCAGGCGUUACGUGGCAUUAAGAAUUCUAAUGAUAACUCUCCCACUUUGUAAUAUGAGAAACUACUUUUAUAACUCAAAUAGACACUAUCCAUAGUGAUGUUUGUUACCUGUUGCACUCUAUCCCAACAAUUGUGAAAGUUCUUACCUGCUUAAUUCGAAGAAAGGUACUGUAUUACAUACCCAACACUUUUUGAGAGGCCAGAAAGUAUAUAAAACGUAUUAAACUCAAGUCAAGCUUAUUCUCUCCUCCUUCACCAAGAUACUUAUUCUGAUUUUGUGAAGAAAAAAACAUUACAAAAACAAAAGCCACCCCGUUCUAUGUGCACUGUUCUGCCUUUUUUUGUGUGAAAACAUAAGUGCUUUGCAGCCUCUGGCCAUUGGAGACCCCACUGAAGGGCAUUUUCCCUGAGUCAAGUGCGAUAGAAACGUGUCAGACGCGGUGUUGAUAUUUUGGGUAGAAGACUGUGUGUAUAUAAAGGUGAAUACUGUGGUGGCGUCGAUAGCAGUAGUCUUUUGGGGUCAGUUUGUGAGUAAUGUGUGUUUUGAGAAUGUGUGAGUAUGCAUGUGUGUGCUUGUAAGAGAGAAUGUAAGAGGGAUAGAGAGGGUGAAACUACACAGCGAGCGAAGAUGAGGGUAUUUCUAUUGAGAAGCCUGCCUUAUAGGCAGGAGUUUGUACACUGUAGUCUUUUUCAAGAUUUUUCUUUGACGCCCUUGUUUGUAAAUGUUUUCAAACAUCUUGGGGAAUAUGAGUCAAUUCCAUUUUAUGAAAAAAAGAAAAAACAAUGAAUUGGUUGCGGAGGCAGGACUUGAGUUACAACUCUCCAGCUUUCCCCAAAUAAUCGAAAAUAAAAGUAUUUUAUCAAUUUUCCAUAUUCCUGUAUUUAGGGGAAGUAUCCUAUACAGAACCCUAAAAUGUAAAAAAAAAUAUAUCUGUUUUUUUAAAUUGUGUUUAGUGCUUAUAAACUUUCCAUUUUGGAAACAUUUCAGUAAUAUUUGAAAUUCUUGUUUUUGUUAGUGUGGCCAUAGUACAGAGUGUGAUGUGAUUAUGUGGUUUUGAAUCCAUGUCGGAGAGCGAGAGAAAUAGAGGUUUGAUUGGGGUUCUAUGUUUAACGGUAGGGGAUAUCUAUUCAUGUCACUUUACAAUAAAGUCACCUGAUUUGAGCCUACCACCAGUGAAUACCAGGGUAACGUCUUAAGUGACAUCAUAGGUUGUUCUACUGUGCUAAAGUGUGUUGUGUCAAUCGUACGUAAGUCCUCCUUUAGAAAUGUGCCGUAUAGCGUUUCGCUCAGAAAAAUCGUAAUUACAGGAUGAUGCAACAAUCUGUGAGAAGUUUGGCGCUAGCAUUUGACAAUGUUUUGAUAUGUCUAUUAGGGUUUUGGAACAGGCAUGUGUAUGCAACAUCAAGCAAGUAGUUCCGCUGUGAGGAUUGGUUGAUGUAAGUCCUUUGUGGCCCCCAGGCAUCACACAUUUUUGCACUUUCCAUAAUUUAACCUACAUUUGAUUCAAGCCCUUCAAGUACUCGUAUAGAAAUUGCCCUUAGAUUCUCCAGACCUUUUAUAUCAGUGUUUCACUCAUGGUAUAUCUUUCAUAGAUAGGUAUUGCCAGUUUUUUUUUUGCACAUAUUUUUUAAGGUAAUAUUUAUUUUCAAAGGGCUACUUUAAUUUGAUCAUCUCUGGACAGUAUGUACACAGGUGAAACCGUUUUCACAGAAUGACAUGUAGGCCUACGGAUAAGAAAGGCUUGGUAGAGAUGAGUAUUAUUCAAUAUUCAGUAAUGAUUGUUGAAAGCUAUCCAUGGUCAACCAUUCAGUUAGUACCUUAUGCAAGGAGGACCAGUGGCAAUCAUGCAAUAUCUGUGUAGUUCUAGUUACUGAAUGUUUAGUGCUCUAGGGACUAAGAGGACAGAUGGAUGGCCGAAAACGCUUUCAGGAGGUGUGUUUUUACGCAAGCAAUAGACGUGUUCCAUGUAUUGGUUAUUAACAUCAGGUUGUUGUUGUAAGCAGGAAACAUAAAAACCAGCAUUUUAUGUAUUAUUAAUCACCAAACAAAAUAUAUUAUUAAUUCAGUGCCUGUUCAAGCUCACCGUGUCAGUGGAGUGUCCAUUGUUAAUAAAUCUGAAAUCUGAAAAAGUUCAACAACUUAAAAUGAAGCGGUGUGUGUGGGGCGCCUUGGCGUGUUCUCCCAAAUCUUUUGUUUUUGUUUGUUGUUUUGUUUUGAGAUGUGGUUCACAAGAGCGUUUUUUUUGUGCUUCAUUCAUUUGAAGGUCUUGGUCAACUGGGUGCGCACGUCUCAUGCUUGCUCUUUGAGGGGAAUAAACUAUGUGUACACGUCAUUUGGACAGUGUAUUUAUUUGGAUUGUCAAAUGCUACAUUAUGUAAACUAAUGUCAUUUAGAAACGAAUGCUUGCCAACUUCUCCGCAGGGUUGACUUCUUAUGGGUCUUGUGGCACUUUUACUCCCUCUGUGCACACAUUAUUACGAUGGCAAAUCACUUCAAGGUGAAUUAAAAAACACAACAACAACAACAACACCAAUGAAAUAAUGUAACAGUCUCCAGUAGGGAAUUGUAGUAACACUGCAGGUGUGUGCAAAAGGUCUAUGUAUGUAUUGAAUGUACGUUUUAGAGAACUUUUGAAAUCUUUUUGUUUAUAUCUUGUUAUUUUACAGUUUAGGAACCACAGGUAUCCGUUGUGAACUGUAUAGCGAAGGCCUUGAUAUCCCUUCUUUUUUUUAUUGAUUUUACAACUUUAAAGCAGUAGGCAAUGCCUUUGAGAUGGUUACAUUUGGUGCAGGGGCUAAAAUUGCCACAAGAUUAAAAUCAAUGUAAAUAAGGCUCAACAUUUUUGUGAUUGUUACUGUAAUAUCCAGCCUAUACUGCUAGCAGCUGUUUUUACUGCAGUCAAUUACUGGAAGUGGAUAUAUUUCCUAUGCAAAACUGUUUAAACAAUAAAAUGAGCUAUGCUACAAAAA